GGGAAAGCCGGGGCAUGUGGUUAUCUCUGUUUUAUGAAUAUUAGUUAAUCUUGUUUUCCUUAAUUACGAAAUGGAUUAUUUUAAUUUAUAUGACCCUUUACCCACUGUAUUAAUUGGAUUGAGUGUUGUUGUGUUGUGGAUUAUUUUAUUUGAAUUUAGCUGCUACUUAAGGAGGAUUGUUCCGAAGUCCGUAGAAUGUUGGUUUUGUAAACAUAAGACUGAAGUUAAUUUUUCUAUUCGAAAUUGCUGGACUUGCCCGAAUUGUGAGCAGUACAAUGGAUUUAAUAAGGAUGGUGAUUAUAAUAAGGUGAUCUCUAGUCAGUAUAGUGAAAGUUUAAACCUGUUGACUGUUGCUCGUCAAAUUCCCAAAAAUGAGUGGAGAAAAGGCCCAAGUUUAUGUAAUAAAUGCAAUUUUAAGCAACAAAUGAAAAUGCAGCAUCUAGCCUCAUUCGUUCCUAUGUCAGAAAAAAAUUAUGAUAAGGAAAUUGAACAUUUUCAGGAACAAAUUGAAAAAAACUAUGAAUUAUGUGAAAAUUGUGAGAUCUUGGUUUCUAAAGUGCUGCAAAAUGUGCGAGAAGAAUUAUCACUGCCAAAAAAAUUGUAUUCAGCUAUUUCUCAGGUCAAGAUUAGAGGAGAAAGAGCAAUUUACAUAAACAUGUUUUUAUCAUUGCUGUUAGCUAUUUCAUCUUUACAAGGAAAAAUGUCUUUGCCUCCUGAAAUCUCUGUUUAUUUUAAGAGUCUUCAAAAAUAUGCUUACAUCUUGCAUACUAAUACGAAUUUAAUGCAGAUGCUAAAUUAUUGGAUACAGUUUAUUGUUGCCACUGGCUUUGUAGUAAAUUCAGUUGGAUAUUAUCAAACAAAAUCAAUUGGCAUUUUUUUGAAUUCUUGCUCAUGGGUUCUUAUGUUCUUCCUCACUCUCUAUCCUGCCGAAUAUGAAGAUUAUGUGACUAUUUUAAAGGUAAUUUCAGGUAUUGUUUCUAUUGCUAUUAGUGGCAUUGUACUUAUGAAAAAUUCAAUGCAAAGAUCAAAACAGAAAAAGUCAGUUUGGGAAAGAAGAAAUGCUCAACUUCAAACCUCUCCAAUGUUCCAGAGAACCACAAGUUUUCCUACUAUUUCAAGAUCUCCCUCGAACACAAAUCUUUCUACAACUAGCUUAAAAUAUGGUCCCAAAAUCUACAAAUCACAUAUUGAGGAAGAUAUUUUAAAUGUGAAAAUGAAUAAUAGUUUUAGAACUAGCCCUAAAACUAAAAAUUCAUCUAUUGAUGAAGUUUCAAGCAAUAUUAAUUUUGGUAUAAGCAAUUUGAAUUUGGGCCAACGUUACAGAAAAGAAGCUAAGCAACAAAACAUAAAACCUUUAAUCACACCUCCAAAAUUUAAUCCAUUCUCUGGCACCAAGAGUUGCUAUGCUAGCAGUGAUAAAAAUUACCAUUGGAAGCCAUCAACACCAUUUUCUUAUAACCAGUAUGAACCAUCUGUUACUCCUUCUAUGUAUGAAAGUUAUGAACCUCAAGAACCAUCUGUUGCUACUAUUACUUCGUUUGGCUGUCCACAGCCGUGUUAUCCAUCAUGUGCUCAAACUCUCGCUUAUUAUUUUUCUAGUCGAAACUUUUCUAAUUCUAAACCUUCAGUUAUACAUUCUAGUACACCUAUUAGUGAAAAUCAAGAUAAUAAUAAAAACAAAUGGACUUUUGUCUACAGUUUGCCUGUUAUAUUUUUAGUUGGUUGUAAUAUUUUUCUAUUAUUCUUUGUAUAUAAUAAAGAAACGGCAACACUUAAACCUUGAUUUUUUUUAUUUAAUGAAUAAUACUGUUUUAUGAAUGACUUAAAUUGUAUUCCACUUAAUCUUUAUCUUUUAAUUUAUUGUGCCAAAUCAAUUUAAUUUAUUAACAUGAUAUUAAAUUUUAAGGAGCAUUUUUUUAUUUUUUUAAAUAGUUUUGUAAUUAAUGAUCUUAUCACUGUUUUUGUCUAAACCUUU